AUGGCUUCUCAACCGCCAUCCUCGGAAGUAGCAUCGACAUCGUCUACUUACAAGCCUAGAUACAUUGAUAUUGGCAUUAACCUUGCAGAUCCCAUAUUCCGUGGCAUGCAUAAUGGCAAGCAACGCCAUCCAGAUGACCUCGAGGCCGUUGUAAGCAGGGCCAAGGAGGUCGGUUGCACUAAGCUCCUGGUGACAGGGUCGGAUUUUGCCAGUAAUCGGGAUGCACUCAAGCUGGCCGAACAGUUCCGUGAGUACAACUAUACCUCCUCCAUCUUCAGCUCCGAGUAUCACGGCCCAUCCCGUCGGUCGUCGGACGCAGGCACCGAAGCGGCGGCAGGCCACAGCACGCCGUGUGACCCCGACCCGUCGGCCCCGCUGCCGGACAGCCACCUUCCGGACCCCACCAAGUCGGCCUCCAUCAUCGUCAGGCUGACCGACGCCAUCAAGUCCGCGCAGUCGUCGUCGCCGGGGCGUCUCGCCGCCUUCGGCGAGUUCGGCCUCGACUACGACCGUCUGCACUACUGCUCCAAGAACGUGCAGCUGCACUCGUUCGCCGCGCAGCUCGAGGUGGCCGCCUCGCUGGAACCGCAGCUCCCGCUGUUCCUGCACUCGCGCGCCGCCCACGACGACUUCGUGCGCCUCCUCAAGGACGCCUUCGGCCCCCGGCUGGAGGGCCUCCGUACCGGCGGCGUGGUGCACAGCUUCACCGGGUCUGCCGAGGAAGCCCGCGAGCUCAUGGACCUGGGCCUGUACAUUGGCAUCAACGGCUGCAGCUUCAAGACGGCUGAGAACUGUGCCGUGGUCAAGGAGGUCGCCCUCGAUCGCAUCAUGCUCGAGACCGACGGGCCCUGGUGUGAGGUCCGUCCCAGUCACGAGGGGUACAAGUAUCUCAUCGAGAAGAAGGACAGUAGCCAGACUGAGGGUCAGCAACAGGGACAGCAGAAGAAGAAGAAUCAGAAAAAGGAACCUGAUGUACCAGAACGGUUCAAGGUUGUCAAGAAGGAGAAGUGGGUAGAAGGCGCCAUGAUCAAGGGCCGCAACGAGCCCUGCAGCAUAGAGAGGGUGGCCAAGAUUGUCGCUGCCAUCAAGGGCGUGACCGUCGAGGACGUCUGCGAGGCAGCAUGGCGCAACACAAUCAAGGUCUUUGGCCUUGGCGAGCAGGUUGCGUAA